UUCGGUGAAUUUGUUAAAUGUCUUUGGAGCUGUACAAACGGGCACCGUGGAAUAAUUGGAAAAGAAAAAAUGAAUUUCUGAAACGCUGAUUCGUGAAAAGUCGAGGGGUGGCGGUCGCGGCAGCCCAACAGCAGGCGGCGCAAGCACAAUAAUCAGGAUGCUAAUUACCGAAGAAGAAAAUGGCGGUGACGUUAAGGAAGUGAUUUUGUCCGUUCUCUGAAACUAGAUUUUUUUUUAAAAAGGCAUUCAGCUUGGCAUGGAGGACGGGGCGGAAGUAACGUGUCGCCUGUUGACGUUACCGUGGGAGGACGUACUGGUUUCACGUAUUUUAUGCCAGUUACCUUUGAGACAGCUUGUCGCCUUGCAAAGAGUGAGCAAGCGAUUCCGCACGCUCAUCCGACUCUUCUUUGCCAAAUGCACGAGUUUUGAGGCGGUUGGAUUGCGUGUUCCAAAGGAGGCCUUUUGCUCGCUGUUGAAGGACAACGCGGUUCUCCGCAAGCUAUCACUUGAGAGCUGCUCCUCCUGGCUGACGGAUGAGGACCUGCUGCCCCUGGUCAGCCGGAACCAGCGUCUGAUGUCAGUGGACAUGAGUGGCUGCGUGGGCCUUACUCGCCACUCGCUGGUGGCCUUGUCUUUGACCUGCGUACACCUGCGGCAGCUCGCCGCGGCCCGUUGCGUCUUCGUGGACGCUCUGUCCCUGCGCAGCCUGGCCGACCACUGCGGGGAGCUGCGCUCGCUCGACCUCAGCGGAUGCUGCCGGCUGAAGGACGACGCCAUCUGCUACCUGGCCAAGAAGUGCGCAGGGUUAACGUUUCUGUCUUUGGCUGUCAAUGAAAAUAUCACAAGUGAGUCAGUGGAGGAGGUGGCCAAGAACUGCAGGGGCCUCGAGCAUCUGGACCUGAGUUGCUGCCUGCAGGUCAGGGACCAGGCCAUUAGGACGGUUGCCGAAUACUGCCCCAAGCUGCAGUCCUUGAAGGUGAAACACUGCCACCGUGUGACCGAGUCCAGCCUGGAGCCGCUGCGCAAGCGCAACGUGCUCAUGGACGUUCGUCCGCCGCCGGGAAGGGAGCGGCUUUCCCUCGCCGUGCGCUCUGGCCCUUAUGUCAAUAUCCAGGUAUAAACCAUGUCCGCACUGUUUAAGGAAGCAUUUGAUGCUUGUUUGUGUUUGGCCUUUCACCGACAUCUUUCAUAUUCAAACUCAUUGAAAAUGUAAACGUGUCAAAACCAUUGCAAA